AUGGCGCCAUCGUCUCAAGAAAUCGGCCGAGUUGGCUGGGAUAUGCUCAAGCAGCAAUGCGGUGAUCGCGAUACCCAAGAGACGGUUAUUCUAUCACCUCUAUCCAUCACAAUUGCGCUGGGAAUGCUUGCCGGCGCAGCAGACACCCGCAAGAAACACGACUUGUGUACAAAACUCGGUCUUCAAAACGCAGAGGAGCUGGAAUCUGUCCUUCACCCGCUACACAACGCGCUGUGUGGCAACGUCAAAGGCGGUCCUUUGGCAUUGGCGAACGGAGUAUUUACCGACACAAGCGUCACGCUCUAUUCCAAGUAUCAAGAGUUCUUGGCCGGAUUCAACGCAGAAUUCACUCAGUAUCCCAGCCUUGAGGGUGCCGUCGAUGAAAUCAAUAAGUGGAUUUCAGAUAAUACCCGCGGAUUGAUUCAAGACAUGCUGUCAGCGGCCCUGUUGCGGAAUUGUCAUUUGGCCCUGGUGAAUGCUAUCGGCUUCAAGGGCACGUGGAAAACGCAGUUCGAUCGGAGUAAUACCAGAAAGGAGACAUUUUUUGUCACCCCAAAUGAAACAAAAGAUGUCAACAUGAUGUUCCUUCAUCAGCAAAGGAUAUCGUUCUUGGAGACUUCGACUUACAAGGCAGCUCAGCUGCCUUACCAACUACCCGCUUCAUAUCCGCAGACGUCACUCCUCGCAUAUCUUCCAAACGAGGGAAAGUCGGUCGGCGAUGUGUUAGACGAGAUAGCUGACCACGGUAGCUCCAUUUCCCGAUUUUCGGAAGGAAAAUACCACAAAUUCGGCUUCCCCAAGUUCGAGAUUGAAAGCAGCUUCUCCCUGGUCGAUACGUUGGAGAAGCUUGGCUACCCCAUUGGGGGCGUAUACCCAAACAUGGCUGAUGGUCCGAAUCAAGUGCAGACUAUUCUUCACCAAGCGUUGGUCAAAGUGGAUGAAGAGGGGACAGAAGCAGCAGCUGCCACGGCAGUACUUAUGACACGGAGUAUCCCAGUUGCUCCAAAGAUCCUGAUCUUUAACCGGCCGUUUGUGUUUGCGAUUGUCAGUGACAAGCCAAAGGCCGUCCUGUUUGCAGGCGUAUACUCUGGUAAAUAG